AUGUCGUUCGUUCAUUUGGAGCAAGGCAACUUAAAAUUAACCAUUACAUAUCGAAUGAGCCAUUGCUUCACUUUAUUUUGGACACAUAUUCGAGACUUAUUAAUAAAUUCCUUCGUUAAUAUCUCAACAAGAAUAAUGUCGUGCAGUAAGGUACCAGAAAGUAAGAACAGUUGUUGCAAGAAAUGCGAUAAGGACGGAUGUGUCUGUAUACCAACAGAUGAACAGCCCUACGUUUGCGUGUGCUUUGAUGACAAGAAAAAUAUUAUAAAGUGCAAUGAUUGUCUAUGCUCCGGCCAGAAUGAAAGCAGCUGUAAUUGUAGCAAGGAUAAUUGCAAAUGUAUUUCUACGAACGGUGCAGCCUGCAUAUGCGUUUGUCUUGACGAAAGUGGUGGCUUUAAGCGCUGCGAUGACUGCAGUUGUAUUUCUAUGGACAGUGGCUCUACUAAAGGAUGCUGUAACAAAAUAUGUGACAAAAAGGAAUGCGUUUGCCUACAAACUGAAGGUAAAGAAUGCGUUUGCGUAUGCCUGGACGACAAGAAAAAUAUUAUAAAGUGCAGUGAUUGUCUAUGCUCCGGCCAGAAUAAAUGCGGCUGUAAUUGUAACAAGAAUAAUUGCAAAUGUAUUUCUACGAACGGUGCAGCAUGCAUAUGCGUUUGUCUUGACGAAAGUGGUGGCUUUAAGCGCUGCGAUGACUGCAGUUGUAUUUCUAUGGACAGUGGCUCUACUAAAGGAUGCUGUAACAAAAUAUGUGACAAAAAGGAAUGCGUUUGCCUACAAACUGAAGGUAAAGAAUGCGUUUGCGUAUGCCUGGACGACAAGAAAAAUAUUAUAAAGUGCAGUGAUUGUCUAUGCUCCGGCCAGAAUAAAUGCGGCUGUAAUUGUAACAAGAAUAAUUGCAAAUGUAUUUCUACGAACGGUGCAGCAUGCAUAUGCGUUUGUCUUGACGAAAGUGGUGGCUUUAAGCGCUGCGAUGACUGCAGUUGUAUUUCUAUGGACAGUGGCUCUACUAAAGGAUGCUGUAACAAAAAAUGUGACAAUAAGAGAUGCGCUUGUAUACCAACCAAAGGUAAAGCAUGCAUUUGUGUGCGUCUUUAUGAUAAAGGCGUCAUAAUAUGUUGUGAUGACUGCCGAUGUGAGAAUAGUAGUACACCAAAAUGCAGUAAACGCAACUGUGUUUGCAUUCCUACUAAUGGAGCAGCUUGUAUAUGCGUUUGUCGUGAUGAAAGUGAUGGUGUCAAGCGCUGCGAUGAUUGCAAAUGUAUUUCCGAAGAAAGCAUUCCUAACACUGGUGUGUAA